AUGGUAGAUAAGAGAAAAAAAAUUGAUAUUAGCGAUACUGAAACAGGCCCAAUAAUCAGCCCAGCCGGCAACGUCAACACCAUCCCGUCGUCCUGGAACCCGACCGCGCCGCGAACAUCCCUACCUCUUGCGUCGAGCGCGAUCGUCGCCGUCGUCGACACUGACCGCCGCCUCCGCCAUCGAGAUCCCGUCCUCCUGCAUCGGGGGCGACCGCCGCCGCCGCCGUUGACACCCCGUACUCUUGAAUCAAGGGCAACCGCCGCAGCCGGCAUCAAGGGCGACCCCCGCCGCAGCCGGCAUCAAGGGCGACCCCCGCCGCCGCCGGAUCGGCCCGGUCCUGCAUCGCCGGAACCAGGAGCAGUGAUGGAAAAGAAGGUAGAGAUCAGUGAGGCUCUCUGGUUCAUUUGCUGGAAAGUGCAAACCCGCUGCGAGAUUCUAGUUAUUCGUCCCAGUCAAGGGCCAAGUCUAAUGCGGCAGGCUCGACAAGUUCUGUCAUGUCUCGUAGGACAUCUGAUGCACUUGAGGAGCUCCAGCCUUUUAAAGCAAUCAGAGAGAGUGUUGUCCGGGAGUGUUCAGUUGAGGCGUUUGUGUAUAUGAAUGAUGAAUUGGUGCUACACACUGAAAUCGACUCUGCUUUUUUUUCCUUCUGAAGAUUCAUCAAAACUAUAAUCUAAAUUUUGAAGAUAUCACAUGGAAUGUCUUACAUUAUGUGUUCAGUGUCAAUUCUUCUAUGUACUCUGUUACCUAGAAACAAGAAAGGGUUUUUAUCUGAUGCAAUGUUUGUCUGAAACUUUGAAGGUGGUGCUUGCGGGUACGGAGACCUUGAAAUAUUCAGAUACGUCAUUCUUGAGGUGUGCAACUGGUGUAGUAUUAUAACCUGCUUUUGCAAAAGUUCAUAAUGAUGUUCUAUGAUUAGAAA